AUGAUUUACUCCUCAGGAAGAGAAUCCUUCUUCAACCUGAACUCCACCUGGUACGACCCCUCUGGCUCCUGGCUGGACACACGGCGCACGCCCUUCCGCUACGGCUACUCCACCUGCUGCUCCUCGGGCUCCUCCUCGGGCUGCCACGGCGAGGGCGUCGAGGGCAUGAGGGGCCACGACUACCGGCACUACGGCUACCGGCAGCCCCGCUGCGCCGAGCGCUGCCACGGCUACUCCGGCUCGUGCCAUGGAGCGGGGGACAGCUGUGUCAGGAGACCCACGUACAGCUACGGGGCAUCAGGGGGGUGCCAGGGUUACGGGAGGUCCGUGUGUGCUGAAAGGUGCCAGGGCUCCUCGGGUUCGUGCCAUGGAGGGGGGUCCAGCUGUGUCAGGAGACCCACGUACAGCUACGGGGGUUCAGGGGGGUGCCAGGGUUACGGGAGGUCCGUGUGCUCCGAGAGGACAAGGACCAGUGCCACCAGCAGGAACGGUCCUGCUGCCACAGCCACGGAUCCAGUUGCCAUGGGAGCAGUGGUGGAUCUGGUUGCCAUGGGAGCAGUGGCGGGUCUGGUUGCCAUGGGAGCAGUGGUGGAUCCAGUUGUCAUGGUAGCAGUGGCGGGUCUGGUUGCCGUGGAAGCAGUGGCGGGUCUGGUUGUCAAAGGAGCAGCGGAUCUGGUUGCCAUGGAAGCGGUGGAUCUGGUUGCCAUGGCAGCAGCGGUUCUGGUUGCCAUGGAAGCAGUGGCGGAUCUGGUUGCCGUGGAAGCAGUGGCGGAUCUGGUUGCCAUGGCAGCGGCGGAUCUGGUGACCCAGCACAGCGCCAUGUGCUCCCGCCAGGACAAGGACCAGUGCCACCGGCAGCAGCGCCAGAGCAGCGGUGGCUGCCACAGCUCCGGCGGUGGUGGCUGCCACAGCUCCGGCGGCGGUGGCUGCCACAGCUCCGGCGGCGGCGGCUGCCACAGCUCUGGCGGCAGCUCUGGGGGCUGCCACAGCUCCGGUGGUGGUGGCUGCCACAGCUCCGGUGGUGGCGGCUGCCACAGCUCGGGCGGUGGCGGCUGUCACAGCUCCGGUGGCUCCGGCUGCCACGGGAAGCCGCAGAUGCCGGUGCAGCAGCAGCAGCAGCAGCAGGUGCCGCAGAUGCCGCAGCAGAAGAUGAAGUGA